GUGACACUUUGACAUAAACUUUAUAGUUUUCUAAAUAAAUGUUAAAAUAAUUUAAUUGUCUUGGUAAUAACCAAGUUCUACACAACACUUUUACACAGCUGAAAUGGCUAACUGUGGUGAAUUUAUUAAAAGUCAAUUUCCUUUGAUAGACGACGAUCUUAAAAAAUAUGUGGAAGAUAUCUUAGACAAUAGUGCUGGAGAAUUUGAAGACACCGAAGAAAUUUACGAAGCUGUCGGUGAAGUUUUACAAGGGAUUUCAGAGAAAUCAGAAAAUGAUAUUAGAGAAAUUUGUGAGCAGUUAUUGCAUAUGCUCCAACCUGAUAAGACAGACAAUACCAAUGGUCCCCGGAAAGUUCUUGAUGCUCCUAUACAUUUGGCUUCCAUGACAACAACUACAAAUGAUUCUGAAGAACUUAAAAGUAUAUGGCUGCAGACCAGAGAUGACAAUUUUAAAGUAGAUGCAAAAAAAUUAGAAAAGGCGGAGGCAAAAUUACAACAGAAACAACAAAAGCAGAAAGAUGCAAAGGUACCAGUUGCAGCUCCAGUUUUACAAACAGCCACAGCAUCACAGGUUACCUCAAAAAAAGACAGCAAGUUAGAAGCAAAGGGCACUAACAGAACACAAGAUAUACGGAUAGAGAACUUUGAUAUUGCUUAUGGUGACAGAGUAUUAUUACAAGGGGCAGAUCUUGUUUUGGCAUUCGGUAGAAGAUAUGGUCUAGUUGGAAGAAAUGGUCUCGGUAAAACAACAUUAUUGAGAAUGAUAAUGGCCAAACAAUUAAAAAUACCUUCACAUAUAUCAAUACUGCAUGUUGAACAAGAAGUAGUGGGUGAUGAUACAUUAGCGCUGCAGAGUGUUCUAGAAUGUGAUACAGUUAGAGAGGAUUUAAUAAGAAGAGAAAAGGAAAUCACAAUAGCUAUUAACAAUGGAUCAACGGACCCUUCAUUAUCAACAGAGUUAAGUGAAGUAUACGCUCAGUUAGAGAAUAUAGAAGCGGAUAAAGCGCCUGCCCGAGCUUCAAUAAUCCUUAGUGGUCUAGGUUUUUCUACGGAGAUGCAGAACAGAGCAACAAGAACAUUCUCCGGUGGAUGGAGAAUGAGAUUAGCGUUAGCUCGUGCGCUGUUUUCUAAACCAGAUUUAUUACUGCUGGACGAGCCUACCAACAUGUUGGAUAUAAAAGCGAUCAUCUGGUUAGAGAACUACCUGCAGAACUGGCCCACCACGCUGCUGGUGGUCUCCCACGACCGCAACUUCCUCGACACCGUGCCCACAGACAUCCUGCACCUGCACUCGCACAGGAUAGACACAUAUAGGGGUAACUACGAGCAGUUCGACAAGACGAAGAGCGAGAAGCACAAGAACCAGCAGCGCGAGUACGAGGCGCAGCAGCAGCAGCGCGCGCACAUGCAGGAGUUCAUCGACCGCUUCCGCUACAACGCCAACAGAGCCUCCUCCGUGCAGAGCAAGAUCAAGAUGCUCGACAGGCUACCAGAAUUAAGGCCUGUGGAGAAGGAGGUGGAGGUGCAGCUGCGGUUCCCGGAGACGGAGCCGCUGUCGCCGCCCAUCCUGCAGCUCAACGAGGUCGGCUUCCACUACGCUAAGGACAAAGUCAUAUUCACCAACGUCAACCUCGGAGCUACACUGGAAUCCAGAAUUUGUAUUGUGGGUGACAACGGCGCGGGUAAGACGACGUUAUUGAAGAUAAUAAUGGGCAUCCUGUCGCCGACGAGCGGCGUGCGCAACGUGCACCGCGGCCUCAAGUUCGGCUACUUCUCGCAGCACCACGUCGACCAGCUCGACAUGAACGUCAACUCCGUAGAGCUGCUGCAGAAGACCUACCCUGGUAAAUCAGUGGAGGAAUACCGACGUCAGUUGGGCAGUUUCGGGGUGAGCGGCGAGCUCGCGCUGCAGACCAUCGCCAGCCUGUCGGGGGGACAGAAGUCGCGCGUCGCCUUCGCAGCCAUGUGCAUGGCCAGACCCAACUUCCUAGUGCUCGAUGAGCCCACCAACCAUCUCGAUAUUGAAACUAUCGAGGCAUUAGGCAAAGGAAUCAACAAAUAUACGGGCGGCGUGAUUCUUGUAUCUCACGACGAGAGGUUAAUCCGCAUGGUGUGCAAGGAGCUGUGGGUGUGCGGCGGCGGCUGCGUCGCCUCCGUGGAGGGCGGCUUCGACGAGUACCGCAAGAUCGUCGAGAGAGAACUCGACGCCCAGAACAAAUGAACGAUAAUUCAUACAUAAUCUAACCUCUGUAUAAAGUAUUCCUAAAUUAUAUUAUGUAAAAUAUUGA